CCUUACAAGCACUAAGCAGCUGGAAAUGAUCCGGAAGUUUUUAGUGAAUCGAUGCUUAUGCUUCAGCAUGUGAAUCUAUUUACUAGAUGAAUGCCAUUUUUCACUGGAAAAAAAUUAUAUUCACCUUUUUAUAAGAGCGUCCUGCCUUUGGAAAUGUAAACAUAAACAAUGGGUCGUUCAUCAAAAGAUAAGAGAGAUAUCUACUAUCGUCUAGCCAAAGAAGAGGGUUGGAGAGCCAGAAGUGCUUUCAAACUUCUACAGCUGGAUCAGGAAUUCAACCUGUUUGAAGGUGUUUUUAGGGCUGUGGAUUUGUGUGCUGCCCCGGGCAGUUGGAGUCAAGUUUUAAGUCGUAAACUGAAAGGGAUUGAUGGGAAGAGUUCAGAUGUUAAGAUCGUGGCGGUGGACCUGCAGGCUAUGGCACCUCUGCCGGGAGUAAUUCAGAUCCAGGGAGACAUCACAAAGGUUUCUACAGCUCAGGAGAUAAUUCAGCAUUUUGAGGGACAGCCCGCAGAUCUGGUUGUGUGUGAUGGAGCUCCAGAUGUUACUGGCUUGCAUGACAUCGAUGAAUAUAUCCAAGCCCAGCUGCUUUUAGCUGCACUGAAUAUCACAACACAUGUAUUAAAGCAAGGAGGAACAUUUGUUGCAAAGAUUUUCCGAGGUAAAGAUGUCACCCUGUUGUACUCUCAGCUGAAGAUAUUCUUUUCAGAGGUGACUUGUGCUAAACCUAGGAGCAGCCGAAACUCCAGCAUUGAAGCAUUUGUGGUUUGUCGUGGAUAUUCUCCCCCAGAAGGAUAUGUACCCAAUAUGUCAAACCCUCUUUUGGAUCACUGCUAUGACAUAGACUUCAAUCAACUUGAGGGCCCAAAUCGGGUAAUAGUUCCUUUCUUAGCUUGUGGUGAUCUGAGUGCAUAUGACUCUGACAGGACCUACCCCCUCCAGCUGGAGCCUGGGAAACAAUACACAUAUGUUCCACCCACUCAACCUCCAAUUCAUCCUCCUUACCAAGAAGCCUGUUUUUUAAAGAAGAAUAACCUUCUUGCCAAAGAGAAGACCCCCUUCCAUUGUGAAGUCAGCAACAAGUCCGAAACAACCAACACUAUGCAAGAAGCUGAACUGUCAGCCAAUGUCAAACAAACUCUGGAAAGAGAAUCUGCUUCAGAAGAUGGUAGAGGGAUUGAGCAGACUUUGACAGUCUUUCUGUCAGAGAGUGAGAAAUCUGAGGACUUUUAACUACUGUCAGAAAUUUUGUUUUUAUUCAUUUUUACUGUUUUAUGUUUUUAACUUGCAAGUUAAAAAAAAGACUUAUCAAAAGUUAUUCAGUACUGAUCCAAAUUUGUAAUGUUCAUGAUGAGUUUGAAGAGGCAAAAGCAUUUUACAUUUCUCGUCAUGAAAUAGUAUACAAUAAAAAUGCAAUUGUUACACA